UCAGGUGCUUGGGUUCGACCAAACUGAAUGCUUCCAUUGUCCAGCUCCCCAAGUUCUGAUUGAGAACCUUUCCUUCUGAUGUGGAUUAUUGUGGAGCCACUGAGUUUUAUUCCGCUUGCAUAGUGUCUUGUGGACCCCUCUGCACAUCAGCAUGGCGACUUUGUUGCGCGGCGACUUCUAUGACUUUAAGGAUCGGAGGAAGAGUGUGUGUUCACUGCGCUCUCUCCUCUCAGAAUCUGGCUCUCCGACUCUUACUCCCUUCCAGGAGUACCUGCAGCUCCUUCUGCAGAUGAAGAUGACCACUGAUGAUCAGUUUGAUAACUUGGAGAAGCACACACAGUGGGGUAUUGACUUUGUGGAGAGGUACAACAAAUUUGUCAAGGAGAGGUCGGAGAUCGAGCUCAACUAUGCAAAGCAGAUUAGGAAUCUGUCAAAGAAAUACCAGCCGAAGAAGAACUCCAUACAAGAGGAGGAGAACAAAUACAGUUCGUGCCGGGCCUUCCUGUCCACGCUAAAUGAGCUGAACGACUAUGCCGGGCAGCACGAGUUGGUGGCGGAGAACCUGACGGCGCAGAUCAUCGCAGAGCUCAACAAGUACACGCAGGAUCUCAAGACCGAGAGGAAGUCGCAUUUCCAUGAUGGACGGAAGGCCCAGCAACAGAUUGAAAACUCCUGGAAGCAGCUGGAAGCAUGCAAGAGGCGCUUCGAGAGGGACUGCAAGGAGGCCGACAGAGCCCAGCAGCACUUUGAGAAGCUGGAUGCAGACAUCAAUGUAACGAAAGCAGAUGUGGAGAAGCGAUGUUACAAUAAGGCGAGACAGCAGGCUCAGAUGAGACACCAGAUGGCUUCAGACAGUAAGAAUGAAUACGCAGCGUACCUGCAAAAAUUCAACCAGGAACAGAAUGACCAUUACUACACCACUAUCCCCAGCAUUUUUCAGAAAAUCCAGGACAUGGAGGAGAAGAGGAUUGAGAGGCUGGGCGAGUCCAUGCACACCUUUGCUGAGGUGGACCGAACCAUCCUGCCCAUCGUGGGCAAGUGUCUAGACGGCAUGACUAAAGCUGCAGAAUCGAUUGAAGCCAAGGGUGACUCGAAGCAGGUGGUGGAUUCCUACAAGUCCGGCUUCGAACCCCCGGGCGAUGUGGAGUUUGAGGACUACGGCCAGGCGAUGAAGAAGGCGGUCUCGGAGACCAGCCUGUCCAACUCGCGUGGUGAGACCAAGUCGGAGAAGUCUAGCAAGAGACCGGGCAAACUGUGGCCUUUCAUCAAGAAGAACAAGCUUAUGUCCCUGUUAACGUCCCCGCACCCCCCCCAGCCACCCCCGGCUCCCCCCUCCCCCACCUCCUCCUCCUCCUCCUCCUCCUGCCCCCGCCCCUCCUCACCUUCUGCUGUUCCCAACGACCCCCAGUCACCCAAGCAGCCGCGCGAGCCGCUGGGCCAUCGCCUCAACGACCUCAUGACCUCCAAAUCCAAAAUGCACUGCCUCCGGAGCCUCAGGCGAGGGCCUCCUCGCUCUCUGUAUUACAACAAAGAGCUGAUGAAGCGGACUCUGGGCAGGCCUACAUACGCUUUCGAGGCCAGACAAUAUGUCCUUUCUCUCAAGCUGCUCACGCUCAAUUCCCACAUGCGGAGUCUGAUUGAGGGCUCUGGACCUGAAGACUUCAGUCACCUUCCACCGGAGCAGAGGAGGAAGAAGCUCCAGGCCAAGAUAGACGACAUCAACAAAGACAUUCAGAAGGAAAUGGACCAGAGAGAUGCGUUGACAAAGAUGAAGGACGUGUACAUAAAGAACCCACAGAUGGGCGACCCCACGAGUCUAGACCCCAGGCUGAGCGAGAUCGCUGUCAACGUCGACAAGCUACAGGCAGAGGCUCAGAAGUUUGAUGGAUGGCUUGCAGAGGUUGAGGGCAGAUUGCCAGUGAAAAGUGAGCCAUCCAAGAGGCAAAGUGUAGUAUUCGAGACACAGAACAACGCACCGGUUACCAAUAACUGUGCACAGGACAGAGAAAGCAGCCCAGAUGGCAGUUACACAGAGGAGUCCAGCUCCGAGCCACCGGUGAAACCAGUCGACCCGGAGUUUGACGAGUUUGAGGAGGAGGAGACCUUGCCCACCAUCGGCACCUGCAAGGCCCUUUACCCCUUUGAUGGCACGAACGAGGGCACCAUCUCAGUAGCGGAAGGCGAGUUGUUGUACGUGAUAGAGGAAGACAAAGGUGACGGCUGGACCCGUGUGCGUAGGAAUGAAGAGGAGGAAGGAUAUGUGCCUUCCUCUUACGUGGAAGUGUUUCUGGACAAUAACACCAAAGAUUCCUAAAACAUGUGUGAUGGCUUGGUGGAAGAUAGAGGACAAGCUGCCUGAGAUAAAAACUGCACUCCGAAAGUGUAAAAGAUAGUUGGAGUAAGAGAACGAUGGGAGGAAAGAGAUGAAGAGAGCUGAUAAAGAGGAAUAUCUGAUUUUUAUUUUAAAAGCUUUGAUACUCCAAUCUAUUUUUUUUUUUUUUUUUUUUUUUAUCUCUGACACCAUAAACCUGGGUCAAAAUUCGAAAGUCAGCUCUCACAUGUUUUUAUAAAAUAUUUCAUUUUUUGUCUUUGGUUCAGCUCUGGUGUCUGUUGCAAGUGUACUGUUGUCAAGCUGUGUGUCGUCCAGUUGCUCUGGUGUUUACACACAUUGCCACACACGCUGUGCUGCUUCCUCCUGCUCUUUGAUACUUGGUUUUUGUGACCCUUGGAAAACAGGGCUGUGGAGGGUGCCUAGGUAGGAGUCGUUUGCCCAGGUAGGACCAGUUACAGCCACAGGGUGAAGCCAUUGCAUACGCAUGCAUAUCACUCACUUCUCACACCUCUGCACUUCUGUCUCUUUCUCUCAUUUUUCACUCAAUCAGUUCAGUUCGCUCUUGCAAGGUAUGCCACUGCGAGAGACCUCAAGAGGGAGAAUGACUACAUCCCACCCUAGAACUUUCUGGAACUGGAAACAAGCUUCACCUUUAGAUGGAGGCCAUACAGGUCGGCACCCACUGAAAGGGUUUUUAAGCUUUGGAAUUACACGUGUCGUUUCUACAGUUGAAUCAGAAUUGGUAGUGUAGUGUAUCCGUGGGUUCGACAUUUUUUUAAUCAGCUUGACCCACAAUUUUUAGCAGAGGCAGAGUGUCGAGUGAGGCCACCCGUUUCAUUACUAACACGUGGGCUCACUGAAUGUGCCAUCUCUUCCAUGCCAGGGUAGGGCUGCUUUGCUCUCAAGUGUUCUCUUGCUUCCCUUCUUGUUCUGUUACCAGUUUAGCUUUACGCUCAUGAACACUUCCUGCUGACUAGCUGCCUCCUUUUGGGUUGGGUUCUCGCUUAACCUGAAUGCCAUUUGCUUGUCUUGUUCUCGUUUUUGUUCUGCUCUAUCUUAUUUAUCUUCGCUUAUAGCUAUCACCACUUAAUCGAGGAUGAACCCCAACGACAAAUCAUCAGGAUCUGCAUCGCUUUUUCUUGUUUCCUUUGUCUAUAAUGUAUACAUUGUAUGCGUUAAUUAUAGAUAUACUGGGAGCGAAUAUGAACAGGUCUGUCGUGUCACACGUGUGUUGGUGUAUGACCUGUUUCUGCGUUUUGGGUUUGUCAUUGGAUCAACCCUGCUACUUUUCAGUGGUGUCGAUCUAACAGUUGAGUCCAUGCACACAUCUUUACACAGUAAACCAGUGACCAUCACAUCAAGCCUUAAAGGGGCAUGAAAGAGAGAUAGAAAACAAACUCCAUUUUGUGAAUGCCAUGCCAUGUUAUGAUCUGUGGAGUAAAAUUUUAAUAGGCUUUUGUUUAGUUUGUGGUGAGGUGAUCUCCAUCCUCUCACCGCUCUUAAAGGCACAUAUGUGAUUUCAGGUUUUUGUUGUUUCUUUAACAGAUGGACUGUCUUAUUUUACUCUGGCAAAAGAGAGGUUUUUUUUUUUUUAGAUCUUAAUGCUUUUGUUUUGUAGUUGUUUUUCAUUUUUUUUAUUGCUGGAAAAUUAAAGUUCCGUAUGAAUCACGUAUGCCCACGGCCAAACCACAAGAGAGAGAACAAGGGCCGUCUCAUCUGAACUGUAGAGCAUUCAGAGACCUGAUGUUUGGUGCGGAUUACACAUUUUUAUUUUGCUCAAAGAGGCUAGAAUGAUGUGUCUGGGAGAUGUUUGAUGAAAAAAAUGUUCGUAAAAUGUAUUUCCUUGAGGAACAUUGCAAAAACAGAUGACUGAAGUGCUAUUGAUUAUACCACUGUAAAUAUACGGUAAAUUCCUGAAAUGAGAAAUAUCUGAAUUAACACGUAUAGAGUCCAGCCAAGAUAAACUUGUGAACAAUGCGUCAAACUCAUAACUCCUGUGUUUCCGUCCGACUCAAUGGAGACGUGUAGAUACCGACAUGGCAAAUGCUGUUGUUUUUGCUGUUCUGUUAUGUUGUAAGUGGAAGGGCUAAAGAGAGACUGCCAUCAUCAAUGCUAGCAGACCAGGGGCUGUGUGAUGUCUCAACCCCCACAGCCACAACUGAUGGAUAUCAAUAGAAGUAAGACCUUCAUCAGAUUAACACACUGAGAGGAAAUCGCUCACAUUGCUUCUCCAGUGUCUCUCUUGCUAACGCCAUAUACACGUGGCCCCUCACUGUACAGAUCGCUUGGCCACUUGGAAGCAGAGAGUAUAUAUAAAUAUAUAGAUAAGAGAAUAAACUAAGGAAAAAAGGAGAGAGAGUCUAUUUUUAAGGUUUUAACUAUUUGAAGGUGUUCUGGUUUUUUUCUGGCUUUGCUAAAUUCAACAUUUUCUUUCUUAUUUCAUGGUUCAGUUUGCUUUGGUUAAAUGUCCAAACAAUGUGUUUUGCACUUUUUAGUUUCUUCCAUUUGGUAUGCUUGUUUCUCAGCACUGAAUAUGUUGUAUUGUGUUAACUGUGCCAAUUAAACAUACAGAAAACAAA